CCGGAAGUUGACAGUCCGGUUAGUUGCUGUUGGGUAGGACUGUGUCAAGUUGUCACCGUGCAGCUAUGGCGACGGCGGCAGGGUUUGACGACACCGCUGACGUACACAAGAAGGCACGUAGACUUCAAGAGUUAUUCUGUGGUCGAUUUUCCGAGAGAGAAGCCGUGCACAUUAUCGAAGACAGGAAUGGUGACCUGAUGAGUGCUGUUGAUUUCGUUAUGCGAGGGAAACCAGAAAAGGUGAGACAGCUGCUUCAUCGUCGCAAUGAGAAUUUUGUUCGAGACUUGCGGAGGGACAGUGUGAUAGUGGGAAGUGCUUUAAACCAGAACAUCCCAUUCUCAGUGCGGCAGUUUGCCUGUGAGCUGUGUGAUCAGUCCUGGUGGAGGAAGGUACCGAGCAGGAAAGAGGUAGCGACAUGUCAUAGAUGCAGAACGAAGUAUGAGCCAGUACCACGGGAUCGUGAAUGGGGUUGGGCCGAGUUCCGUUGUGUGUGUGGUAAUACCUUUGGGGGCUUUGCUCAGAUGGGUGUUGCCAGCAACUGCUAUCGUUGCAACGUCAAGUGCCUCCCUGUCCGAAUUCUACCGCCGACCAAGCGAACGAAACCGCGGUCGAAUGCACAACACAGCUGUGAUGCGCCUGACUGCUUCAGCCACAGACUGGCGAUGAUGGGACCAGGAGGGCUGAAUCGGGGUAGAGAUGCCAGGUGGACUGGUGUUCUAUCUCCAUACGCCCUGCGUGGCCAGAUCCGGUGCUGUCACCCACGGUCUCUGCGAGAGAGUGGGAAGCGAGUCGUGUACCCGAGCCAGCUUCACCGCAGCACGGGUUCCACGGUGCGCACGUUCCUCACGCAGGACGACCUCAUCUCGGUAACGGGGAGCUUCGUCAGCACCCUCGCAGACAUCAACGAGGACGAUGGGUCGGGGGAGUCUAACGCGGCCGAUGGCGGGGACGAAGGUGGAGACUAGAACGCGAGGAUGAUGUCAACCCGGCCAAAAGAAAUGUGUCCUGCUAAGAAAAAAAAAUGGCGUGCUGGAAAUAAGACAGAGUGAAAGGAGACCUUGGGAUAUGGCGUGCAAAUAGGAUCUCUUACAGGGCUUGAAAUACUUCCAUCACUUCAACAUCACCACUGGCCGGGAGAUAUAAUAUUUUUACCGGCCAUCCUGUUGAACUGGUAAUUACAUGUACUUUGUGUUUAUACUUUAAAAUCAUGUUUAAUUCAGUCCUUACAAUUUGUAGCUUACCGGACCAAAUGUCUGGCAGGAAUGUCAUUGAAUUUCAACUCUUUCUGAGAUGUGUUUUAGAGCGUUGUAGAUGUAAAAUAUAAUAGAAUCAUCACCUAAAUAGAUGAUGAGAUAGAUGCCUCUUGAAAAAUAACCGGCAAUUUUUUGGUGAGAUUUUAUGCCUAAAAAAUGCUUUUUGCUUUUACAGGCCAUUAUUCAGGAUUUCUGCCAAAAAUAAUUUGAGGGUACGUAAUAAAAACAAACUGGAUCAUAACUGCCUCUACUAAGUGGUUAUGGAUUUUAAAUAUUUUGAAUUUGAAAACAGAAUUUCGUGUACAGAUUUUAAACAGCAGUUCUCUUGUUAUAAUAUAUUGAAAAUUGUUUUUAAAUGUAUCCAUUAAUUUCAAAGUUUUUAAGGUACAUAAUUUUACCCUUCAUACCCUCUGGCAGAAACCCUGAGUAUUUAUGGCCCUGAUAGUCUAUGUGUUUCGAAUCUUAUAGUCCGUGUGAUUGUGCCUUUACUAGAUCAAUUGCCGUGCAACAUGCCUUUAAGGUGGUGAUAACAGUGACUAGCUUUAGAGAAAUUUCAUGGGCCGUUCAACAAAUUAAUUCUGUAGGCACAGAUUCAUGUCCCAGUUGCUGUCAAUUUCUAAUGCCUAUGAAUUUAUUUGCCUGUAGAGAAAACGAUGUAAUAUUUAUUAGCAGGGUGUUUCCAAAUGAAGGUUGUUGUAAGAUACAUGAAACACAUUAGUUUACUUUGGAAUACUGUAGAGAUCGACGGAAUGGUUUAACAAGGGCAUAGGUUGAGCGGGGUGUUCAGGCCCACUCCUGCUGGGGCUAAAAGAUUUGUUUACAGUGCAAUAUUAGACUAUUCAUACAGUUUAUGUUACAGAACUGUUGAACGGCCACAAAUGUGACACUUUAUAAAAUAAUUUGUCAUAUUGUUUUUAAAGCUAAUUUAUAAUUUGAUAGUUUUGUAAUAUAUAUAUAUAUAUAUAUACAUUGUAGGCUUUGAUAUUUCGUUAUAUUAGUGUUUUAGGUUCAGAUUAAUUGAAAACAUUCACAUGUUAUCACCAUCCCCAUACACCACCCCAUUAAUGCUGCUGGAGGUAUCUGCUUAAUAUUGUGUCAUGCAUUUUAUUUUAUUUUAAGUUCCGAUAAGUAGACAGCCAAAUUGUCACAUUGUCCCCCUCACCCAUGAUGUACUAUUAGCAGUGGUAAUUGGAAGAAUCGGGGUGAUGUUGUUCCCAGGCAGGUACAUGUAGUUAGUGUCAGACUUUAUAGCUGAUAGGUUCUGGGUUCUUAUCCCAAUACCAGCACCAACCCAAACUGAGUGGUCAGCUCAUUGUAGUGGGGGUUGGUGUGGGGUCACAGCCAGUCCAGAUAGCUCAGGUGUGUGCCUAGGACAUUGUGCUUGAUUCUUACAAGUUCAUUUAUAAAUCAUUUGUUUCCUUUAUGUGUCACUGAUGUUUCUGUUAUGAAUAUCUUGAACUUUUUUGUGCAUCAAGAUGAAUGUAUUUGAUUCAUUAUGUGAUUCCAUUACAAAAACAUGCGAUAUUGUCCUGAAGUACUUGUUGUGGACAGAGCACAUUCAGGGUAAACUCCGAAAAUAGGAACAAGAAAUAAUUUUUCCAAAUAUUAAAUUUUAAUUUUAAUAAUAUAUUUUUCAUUUAUGAUCUUUUACCUUUUAGAAAUAUAUAUUUGUUUUAUGAACUUUAUAUA